CCUAUCUCGUCCUUUAUAAGAGCCGGACGCACUGAAAUCCUGGUUUUCUGACCGCAGUCAUGAACGUGUCGGCUCCUCUGCUGCUGCUGCUGCUCUCUGCCUGUGCGGCCGGCGGCGCGCUGCUGCCCAGAGCCUUAUGGCAGUUUGGGAAGAUGAUCCCGUGCCCUCAGCCCGGCACUAACCCCUUGAAGUACAACGAUUACGGCUGCUGGUGCGGCUUCGGGGGGACGGGGACCCCUGUGGACGAAGUGGACAUGUGCUGCAAGGUUCACGAUGAUUGCUACAAGGCGAGCAGAAAGGCUCCCGGGUGCACCGCCCUCGUCGACCUUCCUUACGUCCUCGUUUAUGAUUUCAGCUGCUCGAAUCAGGAAGUCACCUGUUCAGCCUCCAACAAUAAAUGUCAGGCCGCCGUGUGCGAGUGCGACCGAGUGGCGGCUCACUGCUUCGCUCAGACCACGUACAACCCGGAUAACAAGAACCUGGACCCCAAAGUCCGCUGCGUCAACUGAGAUACACAAUGUGCACAACCCACACACACACACACACACACACACACACACACACACACACACACACACAGAAGAAUGAUGCAAAUUUCUUUAAAAUUUAAUUCCUUUAUAAUAAAGAAAACUUGAUUAUUAAUAAACAGGUUUGAUUUUGUAAAAAAAACAAAAAAAAAGGAAUAUUUGAAAUAAAAUGUGAGAAACUUCUCGUUGAACUUCAA